UCCAGCGCGCAACGGCACUACACAUCACUGAGUGAAGUUUAGAUUGAGGAGCACACUGGAUUGGAGAGAACGCGGACCCUUGGACGCGUACAACAGCUGAAUGAGGGAAAUCGGCAUUAUUUCGUGAGACUUUUGUAGCAUUUCUGGGUUUCCAGAGCUUUAAACCAUGUUUGAGUGUGGACGGUGUGCCAUUGUCUUCGGGAUGCUGUGCGCUGCCCUCUCCGCGGGGGCAUCGGUGUGUCCGCCCGGCUGCGAGUGUUCGGAAGCCGCGCUCACGGUCAAAUGUGUUUCUAAAGAUCUGAGGAACAUUCCGAGCGGCAUCCCGGCCUACACCAGAAACCUCUUCAUCACCGGGAACCACAUCAGUCAGAUUGGACCCGAGUCUUUCCAGGGACUGGACAAUGUGACAAAUUUGUCACUGUCUAACAACAGGAUCUAUGAGGUGAAGUCUCACACAUUUUCUAGCCUGCGAAGCCUCAGAUCUCUGGACCUAAGCAACAACCAGCUGGCCCUCAUCCAUCCCGAGGCAUUCACAGUCCAGAGCCACAUGCUGAGGGAGCUCAACCUCAGUCGGGCUCUUUACAACCACUCAUCUGUCAUUGAUCUCGCCACCUCUCUUCGCUGGAGCAGCUUGAGUGACCUGCUGGGGCUAGACCUGUCCAGUAAUGGCCUUGUCUACUUGCCCCCUGGCAUCUUUUGCCAUCUUGUUGGCUUGCAGCGCCUUCAUCUUGGCAACAACUCUAUAGUGGCCAUCCAUAAUGGGACAUUCACAAGUUUGGAUCAUCUACAGGAGCUCGAUCUCACCCACAAUGCUCUUAGGACCUUGCGUGAAGAGGCUUUGAAAGAGUUGGAGCACUUGCAUUCGGUAAGGCUCCACUUGGCGGAGAACCCUUAUACAUGCACUUGCGACAUCGAAACUUUUGCUGUCUGGCUGAACAACUCACAGGAGCGUGUGGUGGAUGUUCAGCGGCUGGCUUGCGUGUUCCCUGCAGAACUGCAGAACACAUCAUUAUUGACGGUGGGUGAACUGGAAUUGGGUUGCCACAAAGCGGGAGAGGCCGACAACCUUGCGUUGCAAACCUCCUACGUGUUCUUGGGUAUCGUGCUGGGAUUUGUUGGUCUCAUGUUCCUUUUUGUGCUCUACCUGAAUCGCAAAGGCAUCAAGAAGCGAAUCUACGAAAUGCGUGAUGCCUGCCGGGAAGUUUGGGAAGGGUAUCACUACCAAUACGAGAUUGACCAUGAUCCCAGACUAUCGCAGGUCUCUACAAUGGCUGACAUGUGAUCCAAGCUCUUCCAAAGCCAAGCUCCUUAUAUGAACUAGUUUUCUAUUGCAUUUAUACUUAGGAAAAUUUACAUUUUGUGUCGCAAACAUGUAGACAUUUAAGUAGGUGCAUAGGUUUUCUCUCAUUUGUGAAAGCAUGUACUGCUUGUUAAGUGUUUUCAAGAGUGUUUUGAACCUUUAUAAGCACACCUCCCCCUCAAAUUCUGCACAGAAUUGGCCUCCAUAAGCAUUGGCUUCUUAAUCAUCGUGGGAUGCUUGAGGAUUAGCCCAAUAAAGGGGCAGAAGCCAUAAAGCAACUCUGAAGACCACCUCCAAAACCCCCACCACUCUCCAUUGUCCUAAACUGGAAUAUUGCCCACAACUGUUCUGGUUCAACUUCAGCUUAAGUGCCUUGUUUAUUGGAUUUUAGGGGCUGACCAGCUUUAAAGAAGGUAAACACUUGCGUGUAUGUGUACUAUGCUGUUUGUGUAGUUGUGGGAACUCUUAUAGCCUAUUGCAUGCAUGUGCAGCCUUGUCUUUAUGCAGUUCAAGAGUUGGACCGUGUGCAACAGAAUUAGCAGUCUUCUAUGGUCCUCUGUCGCUCUAUCCACAGGGAGUCUGGGAAGAAUGUGCUGGAUUUUCUCUCCAAAAGCAUGCCGGCAUGAGGAUAACCUCCUCUAAGCUGCAGAAGGAGCAUCUUUUGAAGAAAGGGACCCAGUUUCGCAGAAAUCUCUAGAACUUUUAUCAUUCAAAAGAGAAGUUUGCUUUGUUUUUAUUCCACUCAUUUUUAGUGUCAGGAUGAUGAGAACCAGCCCUUCCGAAGGCCGCCGAGCAAAACCCCUCCUCCUCAAGGACUGCUCUCUCUUUGAAGACUCAGUCUGGCUCAGUUCCUCAUAUGUUCCCCAUCUUUUUCUGUUUAAGGGACUUUUACUGUGAUAAGAUACAGAUGAAGACAGGGUUGUUGUGUUGAAGGGUCCCCCGCUCUAUUUUUGAGUACAGAGUACCGUUUCCAAAUGUAUGAGACUUGAGUUGGGAAAGAAAAUGUCCUUGAUGUGUUGUCAACCAAUGUGCUGGACUUCACAUGUAUCUGGAUACAAUGGUUUUAUUAAACAUUUGGCACAAGAUGCAAUGGCUAUUUAGCGUUUGGGUGAAUCUCAUGAAAACAUUCACAAAAUGUCCAAGAUGUAUUUCACCCCAAAAUCAAAAGACAAAAAUAAAUAUUAAUUUGCACAAAGAAAAUGGAAGCCUAUUUUAAAGACUAAAAAAUACUUUUUUGUUUUUGCAUUGACAUUAUUUCAUGACAUUUAAGUACAUUUAAACUACCCAAUCAUCUGUGUGAAUUUAUCUACUGUGAAUUUUAAAAAAAAAUCGAAUUAGCAUAAUGUGAUAAUUUUUUAUUUAAUUGAUGCUGAUAUUAAUGUAAAAUCAUUGUGUCUGGAUAAGAUAUAAUACAGUAAUGAGAAACUUAAGAGGGAGUGCUAAAUUAAAAUGAGAAUGUCACAAUGAAGAAAAAAUUCAUGACCUAAAAUAUGAUCCAUUUUCUUGAUGCAAAAUUUAUAAAAUUAUUAUUAUUAUAUUUUAGAGUAAAAUAUGGCCUGGGCAUUUCUUAAUGAGGUUCACCCAUUUGCCAUCCAUAUGAAUUAUCAUCUAUUAAAAACUACCAUAACUUUGCUUGUAAUAAUGAAAUGUAUCAUUGUGCCUGAUCAAUGACAUAAUAUUUGGUAUGCAAGACUUCACAGAAUUUUGACUGUCUUCCAUUGUGCUUUUCUAGCUUUGUACUUGUGCAUUAUUCAUGUCAAAUAAACCUUUCCAAAAGAAGAGCUGAGGAAAACCUGUGGGAUGCCAAAAGCUAAAUGUUUACUCUUGUGAAAAUAUCAGGUAUCCAGUUCAAAAUAACACACUUAUGGAAAGUCAAGAUGAGUUCAGUAAAUAAUAACUUACAUUAUUACUUACAUUGACACUAUCAUGGUGCUCUCCUGUCAUUUUGAAGCUUGAAAGUCCUAGUCUGUUACUUUCAUUAUGAAAAAGACUGACCUGGGUGAACUAUUCACUUACAAAAUAUUAUCCUUCAACAUACAGAGAGAAAACAAGUGUCAGCACAAAACUCAAACUCAUUGAAAUAUGUAUGUCUUGCCAAUGUUGUGUAAUGCUUAUUCUCUUGUUCUCAUUCAUAGAGGCGUUGUAAUGAUACUGUAUAUCUCUGUAAGAACAGGCCAGCUUUCAGAAACAGUUUCACAGAGGGUUUGGAGGAUAUCUGAAGUUUUUCAUAUCUGAUAACAAAUGUGGGUGAGCUUGAAGUGAAAUGUUUACGGCUCCAAAUAUCCACAUGCGACAAGCUAUUGGAAGCACAUGAGUUUAGCAUAUGUACAUGGGUUACAUUAUAAAGUUGAAUGUAAUGCUCCAUUGAAAAUCAUCUGUGGUUAAGAGCAAAGCUCUGAGUGAAAUUGAAUCUAUUUAAACUGAAUGGGGGAUUUUUAUUAAGUUGACCUUCUACCUUAAAAUUUAAAGGAACAUGCCUGGUUCAAAACAAGUUAAGAUCAAUCGACAGCAUUUGUGCCAUAAAUCUGAUCACCACAAAACAUAAUUUUGACUUUUUCCUACAUUUCCUUAAAAAGGCACAAAUCUGGUUAACAGUGAGGAUGGAAGUGGAUGUGGCCAUAAUCCGUAAACGUUCAAAUACUCAACGUUUUAAAAGGGUAGCCUCAAGACAUAAACAUUACGCAUGUUAACAUGAUUUUAGUGUGAUAAAAUCACUUACAAACAUUUUCUGUGUUAAGUUAUAUCCAAUUUUCAACUUUGUUGCGAAACAGUGUAAUGUCAACAAAUUUAAACUUCUCAGCUCAAAUAAAACAUUUUUAACAGAAGAAUUAUUUGCUUUUACUUUAAUUUAUUUUAUAAAAUAAUAAGCUUCACAUUCCUGCCUUUAAACCCUCCAAAAAUGUACCCAAUUCACUUCCACUGUAAGUGCCUCAUUGUAACCUACAUUUUUGCUUUUUUUUUUAAUAAAGAAAAGAAGGGAUGAGACAAAAUUAUGCCACAAAUGCUGUUGAUUGAGCUUAACCUGUAAAAUAAAUGUUUCCUAACUCUGAUAAAUGUUUGCGCUGCCACCUAAAAUCUUUCAUACUGAAAUAUCUUAUUAUAAACAGAGUUUUUUCAUCUUUCUUUUUUUUGUAAGCAUGUACUUCUGGUUCUGUGAAAAGUCUUAUUUUAUUCCACUAGAUAGCAGCAAGCACUAGAACAAUUUUUUUUUUCUUCAUCACAUACUAAUAUACAGAUCUGAAAUGUAGGUAGUGCUAUAACGUAUUUUAGCCCUCACAGAUGUACUUGUCCAUAGACAUUCAGUCUAAUUUUCAGUUAAUGCACCACCUUCAUGGUUUUAAUAGAAUAUCUCGGUCUCUGAGUGGACUAGAAGCUCAGUCUAGGUGACAUUAGAAAGCUGAGGUACUAAUCUUUGCAACGUUAUGUAAUAUUUUAUCAUCCACAGUCAAAGACAUAUUUUUAAUGAUGAUUAGAUUGGCAUGCUUUUCCUGCUGAAUGGCAUAUUUUGUUCUGGACAUCUAAGAUAUAACAUUGGAUUAUUCAGCCAAGCAAAUUAAGUUUUAGAUGACUGCCUAAGGUAAAAGCAGAUAUAAAGUUUGUAGCUAUUUGGGGCUUACAGCAGCAAUGAUCGGUGCAUAAAAGACAUGCAUGUAUUUGAUGACUUACAAAAAUCAUAUUUUGUUUUGUGAUUCUUUGUGGUAUUAGGGCAACAAAAUAAACUAUA